AUGGAGAACACAAAAGGCCGCGAGGGCGUCGAGGUGAUCGCCAGCGAGCCGUUCAAAGACGCGGCUCUGGGCGAGGGGCACUUUUCGCACGUCGUGCACCACUUUCAGGGCCGCGCUCCCGCGUGGAUCCGCGCGCUCGCGCCGCGGAAGGCGCUGCGGCUGGAGGAGAAGAACUGGAACGCGUACCCGCGCAGCCGCAUGGAGCUCAGCUGCCCGUAUUUCAACAACUUCAAGAUAGUGGCCGACACGUAUCACCUCGCCGACCGAGGCGACACGGAGAACGCGCUGAAUCUCCCAAAAGCUGACCUGGCGCUGCGCAAGGUGGACCACGUGGACAUCGCGUCGCCCGACAGGGACAUGUGGUCGCGAAUCAUCGCGCGGAAGCGCACCGACCCCUCCAAGAUCGCCCUGCUUAAACUCAACCGCGGCCCGCUCGCCCCGGGAUGGCAGAAAACGUGUGAGCCAGUGAUGACGUCGUACAAGGUGGUACGCGUGGAUGCGCCCUACUGGGGGUUCGGCCGGCAGAUGGAGCUCGCCGCAAUCGCGGCGCACCGCGCUCUUUACCUGGAGGCGUACAGGAAGUGCUAUGCAUGGGCGGACGAGUGGUGCGAGCUGACUGUGGCGGACGCACAUCGGAUCGAGCAGGAGAACAUUGACAAAAUGCGAGAGAGCCUGUCCUUGACUGAUCGCUCAGAUAAUGAAGAAUUUAGCGAUGCAGUGGAUAGUGAAGAAUUUAGCGAUGCAGUGGAGGGUGAAGAAUUUAACGAUGCAGUGGAGGGUGCAGUUGAGGUGAAGGAGGAAGAGGAAGAGAAAGGGGAUAUCAAGUCAGUAACAGCUCUACCUACUAUUGAUCCCGUGUCCGCAUGA